AUGCAUGCAUCAGGUGAACGAUUAGGUCAAUUGACAGGAAUUGCUGCUAUUCUACGAUUUCCUAUGCCUGAUCUUGAUUUAACUGAUGAACAUCAUCAUCAUCAUCAUCAUCAUGAAAUACAAAAUGAACAAUAUAAUUUAAAUAAUGGUGAUCUACAAUUGAAUCCAAAUCGAACCGAUAAUUAUUUAGAUGAUACUAAUGAUGAUCAAUCAACGAAUAACGAUAGAACAUUAAAAGAAACUCGAGCUGAAGCAUCAGCUUGGUAA